GCCUUGCGCAGCACGGAGCCGUCCAGUUCCGUCCUUCGGAAGCCUGAUCCUCCCGCCGCAGCCGCCCUCUCUGCUUUAUAUGCUCCGCCGGCGGCGUCUCUUCCCUCCCAAUCCUGCGCUUCAAAAUCCCCCCAGCCCCAAUGGAGAGCAGCGUAGAGAGUGCGGUGGCGGCGGCUGUGGCGGCGGGCGGCGGAGGGUACUGCUGCGGCGGGUGGGAGACGCCGAAGCGGGAGGAGUGCCGCAUCCCGGCGACGCUCCCCUGCCCCGCGGCGCCGAGGAAGGCCGUGCCAGACCUGGGGAAGCGGCGGAGCCCGCCCAAGAACGGCUACUUCCAGCCGCCGGACCUGGAGGCGCUCUUCGCGCUCGCCCCGCGCCGCCAGGCCUCCACCUGCGCGUGACUUUGCCGCGGUGGGCGGAGAGGAGCUCUGUUCUAGAUCGAUUUUGGGAGCUGUAGAUACUUCGCCAGUUUCUCCUCUGUUGUACUCUAGGGUUUAGUUGCGGGCAGAUAGGGAUCGGUAGGAGGGUUUUAGGGAGUAGUUGGUAGGUAGGUGGUGGAUGCUUCAUGCUUGAGAUGAGAGCUCGUUAGCAUACUGUUUUGUAUUGGUUCAGAUGAUGAAAUCCUCAUAUGCUUCUUGCCUCGCCUGA